UACGAUUGCAGAAACAAGAAUGUUAAAACUACUGACGACCGCCGUUAUUUUUUUGUCUGCGUAUGCAACGGCCUCACCACCGAAUUGCGCACACUAUCCACCUGGUUUCUUCGUUAACGAUCCGUCGAACUGCCAAGCUUAUUGGUAUUGUGCGAAUGCCCAAAGCCCACCACAACCAGGAAGGUGUGCAGUGCCCUUCAAUUUCGAUCAGGCCAAUCAAUUGUGCAACUUUCCGGAAGUAUUCCCAUGUUACGUAACCUCACCUUGUCCGAUUUGUCCGACGACAUGGGCGAUGACGACGCCAUUACCGCCGACGACGAUGAAAACGUUUCUCAGUAAAAUGGUAAAGAAUGCCCAAACAAACAAUGAGAGCAUAAAACAUAGUGAAGACCCGUCAAGCAGUGAACUCAAUGUAAUAAAAAAAAGUUUUGAAUAAUAAAAAGUAAUUACU